AUGGAGAGGUUUUUGAUUCAAAAGAGAAAUCUUGUUUCAUUUCUUCUUGUUUUGUUUCUCUUUAUCUCCAACGGUUUUGUUUUUAGUCAAAACGAUGUCGUUAACGAAGACUCCGUCUCCGAGCAAGAACGUGUUAGGGUUAGGGUUGGUUUAGUUUUGGAUUUGGGUUCCGUGGAAGGCAAGAUAGUGGGAAGCUCUGUUUCCAUGGCACUUUCCGAUUUCUACGCCGUCAACAGUGAUUACAAAUCAAGAGUCUCUCUUUCAGUCAGAAACUCUCAAGGAGAUCCUGUCCUUGCUCUAGCUUCUGCUGUUGAUCUGCUGCAAACUGUAGGAGUGGAGGCGAUUGUAGGCGGGGAUUCGUUGCAGGAAACAAAGCUUUUGGCUGAGAUUGGGGAGAAAGCUAAGGUUCCUGUGAUAUCACUUAACUCUCCGGUUUCAUUGUCAUUGAGAAAAUACAGUCAUUUGAUCCAAGCAACGCAUGAUACUUACUCCGAGGCAAAGGGCAUUACAGCUUUCAUCCAUGGGUUUGACUGGAAGAGUGUUGCUCUUGUUUAUGAGGACGAGGAUGACUGGAGAGAGAGUAUGCAACUCCUGGUGGAUCAUUUCCAUGAGAACGGAGUUCAUAUACCGUCCAAGGUUGCUGUAUCUUCAAAUGAUGAUUGUAUGAUGGAUCGGUUAAGGAAGCUGAAGGAUUUGGGAGCGAGUAUCUUUGUGGUGCACUUGUCUGAGCUUGUAGCAACUUAUCUCUUCCCAUGUGCUGGGAAGUUAGGGAUGAUGGGUGAAGGGUAUGCUUGGAUCCUCACUGUUAAAAGCAUGAAUAGCUUCCAUGAGAGAACCGGCGACGGUUUUUCAAAAGAAGCAAUGGAGGGUGUGGUUGGUUUCAGGUCAUACAUUCCAAUGUCAAAAGAGCUUCAAAAUUUCACUUCAAGAUGGAGAAAAUCACUUCCUGUUGAAGAAGCUGUUGGGUCUGAGAUACUUCGGUUGAGCAUCUCCGGCAUAUGGGCUCAUGAUGUAGCAUGGGCACUAGCAAGAGCAUCAGAAGUUGCUAGGAUCCCAAAUGUGACAUCAACUCUCCUGGAGGCAAUCACACAAUGUAGGUGUAAGGGUUUGAGUGGUGACUUCCAAACCAAGGAUAAGUAUUUCUUGUCAGACAAGUUUGAGAUUGUGAACUUGAUAGGAUCAGGUGAGAGAAGGGUAGGAUUUUGGAAUUCUAAUGGUAGCUUCAGCAACACAAGAGAGUUGUCAUCUUGUACUCAUAACAAGCUAGAGACCAUAUUUUGGCCGGGUGGGACUAUUCAUAGUCCGAAACGGCGCAAGAGAAAAACACUGAGGGUUCUGGUCACAUCCAGUAACAGGUUCCCAAGACUGGUGAAGGUGGCGACUGAUCCAGUAACAAAAGAAGUAAUCGCUGAAGGGUUUUGUGUAGAUGUCUUUCGAGCUUCCAUUAGCCCUUUCAACUAUGAAGUGGAGUUCACACUUUGGCGCAAUGGUAGCAACUACGACGAUCUUGCAUAUGCACUUAGUAGCCAGAAAGACAAAUAUGAUGCAGCCGUUGGAGAUAUUACAAUCACUUAUAAUAGAUCGAAUUAUGUUGAUUUUACGAUGCCAUUCACAGAACUGGGUGUUGGCAUUAUAGCAUCAAGAGAGAGAAGUGCGUGGGUGUUCUUACAACCUCUAACACCAGACCUUUGGUUAACAAGUGCAGCUUUCUUUGUCUUGACAGGCAUUAUAGUUUGGUUGAUAGAAAAAUCUGAGAACAAGAAUUUCCAGGGAUCUUGGUCGAAACAGAUUGGAGUUAUCUUUUGGUUUGGCUUUUCUACCCUUGUUUAUGCACACAGGGAGAAGCUAAAACACAACUUAUCAAGAUUUGUAGUUACAGUUUGGGUUUUCGCAGUGCUGAUACUGACUACAAGUUAUACUGCAACACUGACAUCAAUGAUGACGGUGCAACAGAUGAGAUUCAACUCCAACAAAAAUCACGUAGGCCGCCUUUUGGGAUCACGCAUCGCAAUGGCGGCCUUCGCCAGUCCCGGCCUCCAAGUAAUGAGUUUGAAGGGUCUCAAUAGUUCUGAAGAAUAUGCUAAACUCUUGUUGAACAAAACUGCCACACUUGUUGUCGAUGAGAUGCCAUACCUCAAAGUCCUCAUUGGAGAGAAUCCUGAGAAGUUUUUCUUGGUCAAGACACAAUGUAUCACUAAUGGUUUCGGCUUUAUGUUUCAAAAGGGUGACGAAUUGGUUCCUAAGGUGUCCAGAGAAAUCUCGAAUCUGAGGACAAAUGGGAAGCUAAACGAGAUGGCGAACGGAUGGCUCGAGAUUCAACUUCCAUACACAACAGAUGAUACAUCAAACCCUAUAACCCUUGACAGGUUCCGCGGUGUAUUUAUGAUCACGGGAGUUUCUUCAGCUUUUGCUCUUGGAGUACUUCUUAUUCACUGGCUCCGAGAUAGAUGGGAAUAUGUUGUGAAUUUGGUCAACAUAUUACUCUUGCAACGACUUGUACAUCUGAGGAACCUCUUCGCAAACAUUAUCCAUCUGAUCAGUCCCCUCGCUGACCCUAUUGGCGAGCAUGCGGUUCAAACAGCUCAAAGUAACAUACAAUAGCAACUGGCUCACAUAUUAAAGGUCCAUUAUAUCAUUCAGAGCAUCCUUAAUACAACUAAAGUGGAUGCUCAUGUUCUUGUGCAUGAGUUUAUAGCGUAGGUAUAAAUUAUAAUGGAUGUUUAGA